AUGGGGGGCGAAAGUCGAGUUGCUAUUCUCACCGGAGCUACUUCUGGCAUCGGGAUUGAUAUCGCCAAACAUCUCUACGCCUGCGGAUGGAAGGUAGCCUGUGUAGGACGACGCAAGGAACCCGGUGAGGCCCUGGUGAACAGUCUCGGGGAGAAUGCACGAUUCUUCCAGGCAGAUGUCUCGCAGUACCAGAGUCAAGCGGACAUGUUCCAUGCAGUAUAUCAACUCUGGGGUCGAAUUGACACACUGUGCGCCAACGCCGGGAUUGUGGAUCAGUCUUCGAUAUACGUGUACGACCGGAAAGACGAGAGGGGGAUAGACGACAUCCCACCCGAACCGGACUUGUCGUGUACGGAUAUAGACUAUAAGGGGGUGAUUUAUGGUGUGCAGCUAGCGACACACUUUAUGAGACACAAUCGGCCUCAGUCAGGGGGGCGGAUUAUCGUGACAGGGAGUAUCGGAGGCAUCUUUCCGCAUCGAUCGUAUCCAGAAUAUUGCGGUGCCAAAGCAGCUGUGAUUCAAUUCAUCCGCGGGGUUGCGCCGUUGCUGAAGCAAAAGGAUAAUAUCCUGAUCAACGGCGUUCUGCCGGGGAUAAUAUCCACGCCAAUUGUGCCACCGGAGAUGAUUGCCGCUGUGACCCCUGAAUGCAUCACGCCCAUGCAGACAGUUCUGGACGCAUAUCAGGUGUUCCUCGAGGACACGACGGGUAUGGCAGGAGAGAUGAUGGAGUGUUCGGCCGACAAACACAUCUACUAUCACUUACCAGAGAAGGGCAAUGGACGGAUCACGCAGCGGGCUGUGACGGUGUGGGAGCCAUUGUUUCGCAUGAUACAUGGGGAGGACUCCGGGUUGGAGGGGGCAAUUCAAUGA